CGUUGCAUUGACAACACGCGAGAGAAAAAUUCCCGUUUUUUAGUUGCAACAUCAACAUCGUCUUCUCCUCGCACAGAGGACAGUGCGGAUCUGAAUUCCGAAUCAGAGUAAUCCUAAAAGACGCAAAGUAUGACUGUUAAACCAGCUGAUCAACUCCCCGAUACCAAGCCACCAAAAUCGCAUCUCCAGCACCACCAUUCCCCUGAUCACGCUCUAUAUCCCAAACUCGACUCGAACGACGUCGCCUCGUCCCAGUACGCUACCCAACAAUCCAUCCGUGGCUCCACUGGUACUUGCUUCCCAGUUUCCGGUGGCGCGGCUAGCAAGAUGCCUACGGACUCCCAUCCUUACGCAUCUUACUCGCCGGCACCGACUCCUUCUGCCAAGAAUACUCUAGGUUCAGUGAAGGUUAUCCUGGGAAAAUGGGGAAAGAAAGCGGCAGAGGCUACCAAGAAGUCCCAGGAUUAUGCUGGGAACAUGUGGCAGCACUUGAGAACGGGUCCCAGUGUUGCUGAAGCAGCUGUGGGGAGAAUUGCUCAGGGAACAAAAGUUCUGGCCGAAGGUGGGUAUGAGAAGAUCUUUGGACAAACUUUUCAGACUGUUCCACAGGAGAAACUUAUAAAAACAUAUGCUUGCUACCUGUCCACUUCGGCUGGUCCUGUAAUGGGAGUUCUAUAUUUAUCAACAGUAAAAUUGGCAUUUUGUAGUGACAAUCCGCUUUCUUUCAAGAUGGGCGAGCAGACCAAGUGGAGCUAUUACAAGGUGGUCAUUCCGCUGCAUCAGCUGAAAGCAGUGAAUCCAUCAACAAGCAGACUAAAGCCAUCAGAGAAAUAUAUACAACUCAUCUCUGUUGACAACUAUGAAUUCUGGUUUAUGGGCUUUUUGCAAUAUGACGGUGCUGUUAAGAAUAUUCUAGAAGCAUUGCAGCCUCAUUGAUAAGCACAUCAGAUGAUCAAAAAGGCCCCCACUUUGUAUGUUGUCACACAAAAGAUGAAGUCUGCAUCGAUAAGUUAUAGACCGCAUCAUGGAGUUUUUCAGCUGUGUAUUAUGGUAGUCCGCUGGUCUUGUUUGCGGACAAGCUGCAAAAUUGAAACUCAUUGGUUGGUAACUGGUAUAGCAUUUGUUGUGUGAGUUGAUGAAAAACUUGAUGAAGUACGCAUAGAUUACUUUGUGGAAACAAGAUUUGCUUCGUCCUUUGUAAGAUGGAUAUUGUAAAUGUACCGGGCAUGAUGUCUCCGGCUCUUUCGACGAGGGCCCAUUCUAAUCUAUAUUUCGUGAAGCUGGUCGUGUUCAAAGUU